AUGCAUUCGAGUGAUUCCCGCAAGGAAAAGGAGAAAGACAAUCGUAUCACCAAGAGAUACAUCUUCAGAAGGCGACUCUGUACUCAGAAUGAUACGAAUAUCACCGAAGAAAAAAUUCUCGAACUACUUGAGCUGCUUCGGACAGGAAUCGAGUCGGGUAACUCCAAAGAAAUCUCUGAGGCACUCCACCAAAUACGUGGUGGAUUAGCCUGUGCGGAACACGUCGAUACGGCCGUGAGCGGGAACAUCAUGUCCCUGAUGGAUUUCUGUCUCGAACAAGACGAACUUAGCAUCAAAUAUAGCGCUAUAUGGAUUCUGACAAACAUCGCCUGUGGAGACUCAGACUAUGUCGCGAUGGUCGCCGCGCGGCUCGAGAAAAUAUUGCCAAUUCUGAGGAAGGACGUCGUCGACGAAGAGGUGCUCGCCCAGGGCCUCUGGCUGCUCGCGAACGUUGCUGGGGAUAGCCCAGACCAUCGAGACUCGGUCGUUCACCACUUCUCAUUCGACCUGCUGGGGGACUUCGUGAGCCAAAACAGUUCUGCGCAAGUUCUCGAAAAUGCCGUUUGGCUCCUCUCGAACAUCGCUCGGCAAGGACCUCGAGCGGACCAACAGAUGUGUCAGAAAAUCCUCGAUAUCCUGAACAAAGUACUCGAUUUCGAGCGUUGCGACUGCAAGGUCAUCUCAGAGGCCUGUCGAGCUCUGCUCAACGUCCUGCAUAAUUUAGCGGAGCCGAAGACGCUGGAGCUGGCGACCAAGUCGCGUAUACUGAGUCGCAUGGCUCGCCACCCGAAUCUCCGGCACUGUAAUCGAUCGUGUUUCGGUGAUCUUGUACUGCUGGUCGCCGACUUUCUUUCGGCUGACAACCAUUCUUGCCAAGUCUUCAUCGACCAAGGAAUUCUCAAUGUUCUUUCGAUUGUCAUGCAUGAGGAGAUCAGUGAAUUAUAUUAUUCCGCGUGCUUCGCCAUCGCGAACGUUUUCGCAUGCAGUUCCGCACAGAUACAGUGCGCGAUCAACAACAAUCUACUGACGGCCGCCAUCUACCACUUGGAGCACGGAGACUUGAAGGUCCAACGCGAAGCUGCGAUCGCUCUCUGCAGUUUCAUCGGGAAUGCGCACGACCGACAGAUACUGCAAGCCUUCAAUAAAGGCUUGGUCCCGCCGAUGGUUCGAAUGCUGAGCAACUUCGACGCCAGCAUCGUUUACGAUGUCCUGGCAUCGCUAGUCAACCUGCUCGACAUUGCGAAGGAUUUGAAGAUGGAAGAAGACUUCUUGCAUGAGAUGUUGGAUUGUGACAUCGAGAGAAAAUUGCGCCGUCUCAUGGAGCACGGCCACGAGCAGGUUUCAGAACUGGCUCGGAGCUUCAUUCACGUGCAUCUGGUUCCACGUGGUUUCACGACGCACCCAGAGGAAGCCUUUGCUUCCGAAAAGUUCGCCAUCCAACAACCGAGUUGA